AUCGACCCCUCCUCCGUAUCUGCGAGCGAUCGAAGUACUUGGUGCCGCUCGCAGACUGAUACCUGCAGCACAUUGUGCGACGCGAACACGUCGGAAAACGCAUGCGACGCUAAUACACUCGACUUCAGCUGUGCAUGUGUCGCGCAAGUCUCGUUCAAUAUUUCUGAUUAUAACGGGAGCAUUCCGGCGUUCGAGUGCACGACGUGGAUUCAGCAAUGUGUACUGCAAUCGUCGGUGAAUGGUACGGAGCAGCAGCAGCAAUGCUUGUCGCACUCUUGCGGCACCAAAGACGCCGUGGCCCUUCCUGUCGGGAGCGAUGCGACUUCUGUAGGUAGUGCGACGUCCACGGCUGCU